AUGCCGAAUAAGGCCAGCUGGCCCCAAUGGGACCAUGGCAGCCACGAUUUCAAGGAGCACGCAUUCAUGCUGAAGUUGUCGAUGAACACCAUGCUGAAAAUGAUAGACGAAGGCCAGAAACCACCAAUGGACGAAGUAGCUGCUGCCCUCAGGGCGGCGGUAGCAUUUGCAGAAAGGGCGAACGAUGAACCCAAAAUCCAGACAGUCUUGGACGAAGUACGCAAACUAGCCAUUGACUCAAGCAACCGAGACAGCAAUAUGGAGGAAAAGAUUACGCAUAUCAAGCACCAGGCAGCUAGCCUGAAGCAAUACAUCGACGGCCAGCUACGCCAGCGUACUGGGCCGGUCCUCGACAUCCUCCUCCACCACCGGAGGAAUCCCCAUUGUACCACCAGCAAUGCCGAAACAAGGCCAAGCACCAUAUAA